GGAUGCGCUGGAUCACGUGCGGGAGCGCGAGCCGUCAGGCCGCACUCGACUCGGUGGCACCCGUAGGCUGGAGGCGGAGUAGUUUCUGCGCAUGCGCUCUAGGUUGAGGAUUAUGAAGAUUAACCAGAACACAGUCUUACAGGGGAAGAAGGUGACCCUGGUACCAUACACCUCUGCUCAUGUAUCUCGGUACCAUGAGUGGAUGAAAUCGGAGGAGCUACAGCGACUGACCGCAUCUGAGCCAUUGAGCCUGGAGCAGGAGUAUGAGAUGCAACACAGCUGGCAGGAGGAUGCAGAUAAAUGCACAUUUAUUGUACUGGACACUGAGAGGUGGUCUGGGCACGCAGGUACCGAGGAGGAUUGCAUGGUGGGGGACGUGAACCUGUUCCUCACAGAUAUGGAGGAUCCAACAGUGGGAGAGAUUGAAGUCAUGAUUGCAGAGCCCAGCUGCCGUGGCCGAGGGUUUGGCAAGGAGACAACUCUGAUCAUGAUGUUUUAUGGAGUAACAAAGCUGGGAAUUACCAAAUUUGAGGCUAAGGUCGGACAGGAAAAUGAAGCUAGUAUCUCCAUGUUCAAAAAGCUUCAUUUUAAGGAGGUUGCCGUGAACAGGGUCUUCCAGGAGGUGACAUUGAAACUGGAUGUGAAUGAGCAGCAGAGACAGUGGCUCCUGGAGCAAACUAACCAUGUGGAGGAGAAAAAGUAUAGUGUGUUGAACCUACAGACCCGUGCCUCUGAGACCUGACACCUCUUCCAGAGGCAGGCAGUCCACACCCCUGCUAAGUCUCCAGGGAGGAAGGGUUUGACAACAUUACUGAAUGCAAGUAUGGAAAACACCUCGGUCCCAAGAGUGACUCAGCCAACAAACUGCUUUGUUAUUACUCCACAUACCUCGUGUACAACCUGUGAAAUGCUGAUCUUCCACUGCAAUCGCGACAGAGCAUCUACAGCGGCAUUCCUCUGAAAUAGUGCCUGGAAGCUGGCAUGGAUGAACAGAUGCUAACAGGUUAAGCACAGACGUACAUCUUGACUGGGAAUGGCCCUUUUAGCCACAAAGCUCCCUCUGUCCUGUUCUAGGAAGGGACUGUCUACACCUCCAGGGCCUAUAAACUUUAGUGAAUUGACCAGCAAUGCUGUCAGUCUGUGGAUGAGCAGAGUAGAUUGGGUUCCUAGCUAAAACCCCACCAUCCUUAGCAGAGUUCCUAGUGUCACAAAUGAAGUCUGAGCCACAGGAGACUCUGGCCUGCUUUGUCACACAAACUGACACGUACAAUGUGACAACAUGAUCUGGUACGCAAAGUAGCUCGGUUGCCAUCCUUGGCUGGUAAAGUCGUGGUUACAAGAUUUAAAAAAAAAUAAAUAAAGUACAUAAGACUUAAACCAGUGGGGCUGUCCAUGGACCUGCUAGACAAGUUGUUACUAUUCCAGGUACUGCAGGCACCAGGCUUUCCCCUCCUGGCCUCUGUGCUUAGUCCUGGGGUGCCACCAUUGGCGGCUGCCCCGCCAUCCACCUGUGCAUGCUCAAACCCAUUGUGUAGCUUGUCACAGUUCUUGGUUACUGUGAGCACAGCUUAAUAGGAGAGGCCGGGACAACUAAGAUGUGAGGGGUUGAGUGCCCUCCUCUCCCACUGAAGUGAAUUUGAGUUGUGGGUACUUCAUAAGGGACACCUGGCUGACUUCCCUUGAGCCAGCAAUGGUAACCUACAACAUUUCUAAAAGGUUAGGAACUAAUGUGCUAAACUGCCAGCAUGUAAAAAGAGGGCAAUCGAAGAGGAUGGAAUCAGAGUACUAAAUUACCUCUGUGCAUCAGACUUCACCAGACAAUGAUUUUGGAUGGGUAGAAAUGCCUGUCUCAGUGCUGCUUGGUACAGGUACUGAAAAAGGGCCAUUGCUGUGUCGAGGAAUCCAUAAAAAGGUGAGUGAGGAAAUUAAAUUGCACAGAGGAUAUAAAGAAUAAAGCAGCUGAUCUGCUACGAUGCUUAUUUAAAACCGUCUACAUUACAAGACAACCGGAGAAUGGCUAACCUGGAACCCAGCCUUUAAGCGAGCAAUAAAUAAAACCUGUGGAACUGACUGCUGCAAGGUGGUGUUGACACCUCUUCAGUCUCCAAACCAGGAUUCGUGCUCAGGUGAAUAAGAAGAUGCAUUCUGAUACUGCAGUAGUCGCCACUGGAGUCGGGAAUUUUUCAACAAAAUAGUUUUUCAUUUAAAAAUGCCAGUUUGUUGAAACCAGAACUUUUUGUGGAAACGUCACUUUUGAUAAAACUGGAGUUGGCAAGAUUUGUCAGCUCCAGGAUGGAAUUUCUGGUCAAGAACAGACACCCCUCUAGAAUGAAUCAGUGAGAGCAGGGCCUCAAACUUGGGUCUCCCAUAUCCCAGGUAAAUGCUCUAAUCACUGUGGAGGGGCGGGGGGGGGUGUUUUUUCAUGCUUUUUUGGGAAAGGUCUCAGUUCUCUUCUGCAUUAGAACAAAAACAAAUUUUGAAGCCUCAGCUUUUUAUGAAAUGGAAAGGAUGGUUUCUGACCGCCCCUCCUUGUCCCAUCAGAAGUGAUAAUGGGUUUCGCCCUUCGUAUAAAACUGCUUUUUGAAGUGGGACAAGCAGUCUUGGAAAAAUAGUCCUGUUCUCAAAGGCAGCUCAGUGCUGAGCCUGGAACCUGUGCUUACUGUGCUCUGAUAAGAUGGAUGGGGGAAAAAAAGGUACCUCAUACUUUGAGGUGGUGUCCUUGAGGGUAAGCAUUGCUAGCAACCCUCCUCCAUUAUUUGACUUUCUGAAAAGAGGCCUGGGGCUGCUGGACACUGUUGUAGAAACGUAGUGGGGGGGAAAACCCCUACUUUUAUUACAUUGCAUGGAGGGAAAGACUUAGAAUGAUGCUAAUUUUGUUCCUCCUCUGUGAUAUUGAAGUGAGCUAAGGCCUGUACUCAGGGUCUGGAAGCUAGUUAAACAUUACAUUCUAAUGGAAAUAAGUAACCCUUGUCCCUAUAAAUGGAGCCAUUAUCUGUGUCAGGGGCAUUAUUAAAAUUAAACAGGCUCCAUAGUGGACAAAACCAGGGGGCAAUCUGGUGUUCCCAAAGACCCAUUGGGGGUGCAUAUAAACAACGUACCCCUGCCCUCUACCUUACAACUGUUCCUUGUGCUGGGCCUGAAAUGGUGCCGGACAGGGAGGGAGAGAAUGGCCUGUGGUUUGGUAUGUGUGUCACUGGAAAUUCUUUCCUCCUGCUCACUGGUGUCAAGGUCCUGAAGAUACCUGCUGCCCUGUGUUUGAGUAGUUCAGUCCUCACUUCUUACCAGAUUGAGGGGCUGAGAACACAAAAGACUAAUGCAUCUGUGUGGCUGCCGGUAGCUGGGUUCCCUUAGCAGUAUCUCACCCUGUCUAGAAGCACUUUGAGGCCCCUUUCCCUGACUGAAGGAUGUGACAUGAAUCAUGAAUUUUCCCCGCUGACUCCUGGAGCCCUGCAACCCUUCACAAAGUCAUAUCCAAGUCAGAGUUAUGAGCAAAGAGAUAAGAAACUCUGAUGACAUCCUCUCCUGCCCAAGCAAGUGCUUUCACCCCACUGGAAACAGAGCUGCAGAAACGUAACAGGAUGAGGGACAGAUGCAGUUUGCAGUCAACAGGGAACUCAGAUGGUUGGAGAUCUUCCAUUUCAGCUUCCUGCUGGGCUUCAUCUAAGAGGUACACAACAGCCAUCCCUAAACACACUGCCUCUAGGUGAUGGGACCCAAACUGCAAGGCCUAUAAAUCAAUGAAGGAUUAGGGAUCAGGGUUCUUUGUAUUAACACUGCUAUGAUGUGUCACACCAAGAAAGUUAGCUGGGGCAAUGGGUCGUUUGGGGUAGGAAAUUCUGAUUCCUAGAUAAAGGCGUUGAGCAAGGAUAGGGAAGGCCUCAGAAAGCGACCCUGGAAAAAACAGGAACAGCAGACACAGCACAACCACUCCAGUGGCCAUGCUUCAGUGUCUACAGGAGGAACAGACAGGGGAGUGCACAGGACACAGUUCACAA